CACCUGUGAAGCAGCAGUGGAGUUUCAGCCACUUUGCUCUUGAAGGGUUAACGAGCCGAAGGAAGGAGCGGAAAGGUCCCUUUCCUGCCCCGCCUGCCUGCCAGACAUGGAGGCUGGAAGCGCGGAACUCUCUUCGUGCGCAGCGAUGUUGGCGAGCGGGGCUGCGCGGGGGGAGCCUGGAGACAAAGGAUACAUCUGGGGGUCCAAGGCUAGGGGAGAACCAUCUGAAGUAUCACUGGAAAAAGCUGAGGAGCAGAUGCAGGAGCAGAAACUGAGGAGUCAAGAUGGAGCAAACAGACAAGAGGAGAGACAGACUCACACAGGGGACAAACCUCAUACGUGCUUGGAGUGUGGAAAGAGCUUCAGGUGGAGUAGCAACCUUUCUUCGCAUCAAAGAACUCACACAGGAGACAAGCCUUAUAAAUGCUUCGAGUGUGGCAAGAGCUUCAGUCAGAGUAGCCACCUUACUUCGCAUCAAAGAACUCACACAGGGGACAAACCUCAUAAGUGCUUGGAGUGUGGAAAGAGCUUCAGUCAGAGUAGCCACCUUACUUCGCAUCAAAGAAGUCACACAGGGGACAAACCUUAUAAAUGCUUCGAGUGUGGCAAGAGCUUCAGUCACAGUAGCACCCUUACUUCUCAUCAAAGAAGUCACACAGGGGACAAACCUUAUAAAUGCUUGGAGUGUGGCAAGAGCUUCAGUUGGAGUAGCGACCUUACUUCGCAUCACAAAACCCACACAGGGGACAAACCUUAUAAAUGCUUGGAGUGUGGAAAGGGCUUCAGUGACAAUAGGAAACUUACUUUGCAUCAAAGAAUUCACACAGGGGACAAACCUUAUAAAUGCUUGGAGUGUGGAAAGGGCUUCAGUCGGAGUGACCACCUUACGGUGCAUCAAAGAACUCACACAGGUGACAAACCUCAUAAAUGCUUGGAGUGUGGAAAGACCUUCAGUCAGAGCAGCCACCUUACUUCACAUCAAAGAAUUCACACAGGGGACAAACCUUAUAAAUGCUUGGAGUGUGGAAAGACUUUCAGUGACCUUAGCACCUUUACUUCUCAUCAAAGAACUCACACAGGGGACAAACCUUAUAAAUGCUUGGAGUGUGGAAAGAGCUUCAGUGACAGUAGCAACCUUUCUUCGCAUCAAAGAAGUCACACAGGGGACAAACCUUAUCAAUGCUUUGAGUGUGGAAAGAGCUUCAGUCGGGGUAGCCACCUUAAUUCGCAUCACAGAACUCAUACAGGGGAGAAACCUUAUAAAUGCUUGGAGUGUGGAAAAAGCUUCAGGUGGAGUAGCACCCUUACGGUGCAUCAAAGAACUCACACAGGGGACAAACCUCAUAAGUGCUUGGAGUGUGGAAAGAGCUUCAGUCAGAGUAGCCACCUUACUUUGCAUCAAAGAACUCACACAGGGGACAAACCUUAUAAAUGCUUGGAGUGUGGAAAGAGCUUCAGUCAGGGUGGCAACCUUACUUUGCAUCGAAGAACUCACACAGGGUACAAACUUCAUAAAUGCUUGGAGUGUGGAAAGAGCUUUAGUCGGAGUGGCCACCUUAUAUUGCAUCAAAGAACCCACACAGGGGACAAACCUUAUCAGUGCUUGGAGUGUGGAAAGAGCUUCAGUCAGAGUGGCACCCGUACUUCACAUCAAAGAAGUCACACAGGGGACAAACCUUAUAAAUGCUUUGAGUGUGGAAAGAGUUUCAGUGACAGUAGCACCCUUGCUUCGCAUCAAAGAUGUCACACAGGGGACAGACCUUAUAAAUGCUUUGAGUGUGGAAACAGCUUUAGUCAGAGUGUCCACCUUACUUCGCAUCAAAGAAUUCACACAGGUGACAAACCUUAUAAAUGCUUGGAGUGUGGAAAGAGGUUCAGUCGGAGUGGCAACCUUACUUUGCAUCACAGAACUCAUACAGGGGACAAACCUUAUAAAUGCUUGGAGUGUGGAAAGACAUUCAGUCGGAGUAGCCACCUUACUUCACAUCAAAAAUGUCACACAGGUGACAAACCUUAUAAAUGUUUGGAGUGUGGAAAGAGCUUCAGUCGGAGUGGCCACCUUAUUUCGCAUCACAGAACUCAUACAGGGAACAAACCUUAUACGUGCUUGGAAUGUGGAAAGAGCUUCAGUCGGAGUGACAACCUUACUUUGCAUCACAGAACUCAUACAGAGGACAAACCUUAUAAAUGCUUGGAGUGUGGAAAGAGCUUUAAGUGGAGCAGCGCCCUUACUUCGCAUCAAAGGAUUCACACAGGAGAGAAACCUUAUAAAUGCUUGGAGUGUGGAAAGAGCUUCAGUCACAGUAGCACCCUUACUUCACAUCAAAGAUGUCACACAGGGGACAAACCUUAUAAAUGCUUGGAAUGUGGAAAGUGCUUUAGUCAGAGUGGCACCCUUAGGAUACAUGAAAGAACUCACACAGGGGACAAACCGUAUCAAUGCUUGCAGUGUGGAAAGAGCUUCAAUGACAGUAGCACCCUUGUGGUGCAUCAAACUACUCACACAGGAGACAAACCUUAUAAAUGCUUGGAGUGUGGAAAGAGCUUCAGGUGGAGUAGUGGACUUACGGUGCAUCAAAGAAUUCAUACAGGGGACAAACCUUAUCAAUGCUUGGAGUGUGGAAAGAGCUUCAGUAACAGUAGCCACCUUACUUCGCAUCACAAAACUCACACGGGGGACAAACCUUAUCAAUGCUUGGAGUGUGGAAAGAGCUUCAGAGAGAGUAGCUACCUUACUUGUCAUUACAGAACUCACACAGGGGACAAACCUUAUAAAUGCUUGAAGUGUGGAAAGAGCUUCAGUCGGAGUAGCACCCUUAGUUGGCAUCACAAAACGCAUGCAGGGGACAAACCUUAUGAAUGCUUGGAGUGCGGAAAGAGCUUCAGUCAGAGUGGCAACCUUACUAUGCAUCAAAGAACUCACACAGGGGACAAACCUUAUACAUGCUUUGAAUGUGGAAAGAGCUUCAGGUGGAGUAGCACCCUUACAGUGCAUCAAAGAAUUCACACAGGGGACAAACCUUAUCAAUGCUUGGAGUGUGGAAAGAGCUUCAGUAACAGUAGCUACCUUACUUCGCAUCACAAAACUCACACAGGGGACAAACCUUAUCAGUGCUUGGAGUGUGGAAAGACCUUCAGUCAGAGUGGCACCCUUAGUACACAUGAAAGAACUCACACAGGGGAGAAACCUUAUCAAUGCUUGGAGUGUGGAAAGAGCUUUAGUCAGAGUGGCACCCUUAGUACACAUGAAAGAACUCACACGGGGGACAAACCUUAUCAAUGCUUGAAGUGUGGAAAGACCUUCAGUCGGAGUAGUCACCUUAUGGUGCAUCAAAGAACUCACACAGGAGACAAACCUUAUCAAUGCUUUGAGUGUAGAAAGAGCUUCUGUCAGAGUAGCCACCUUACUUUGCAUCAAAGAACUCACAGAGGAGACAAACCGUAUAAAUGCUUUAAGUGUGAAAAAAGCUUCAGUGAGAGAUGUGCCCUUACGGUGCAUGAAAGAACUCACAAAUAAACAAACAAACAAAUAAAUAAAUAAACCUUAUCAAUGCUUGGAGUGUGCAGAGAGCUUCAGUCAGAGUAGCCACCUUACUUCAUAUCAAAGAUGUCACACAGGGGACAAACCUUAUAUAUGCUUGUAGUGUUGAAAGACCUUUCGUCAGAAUGGCUACCUUCAGGCACAUCGAAGGAUCCGUACAAGGGAAGAGAUGUAUAAAUGCUUUGAAUGUGGAAAAAGCUUUAAUCGGAGUUCAACUCUUUCUUUGCAUCAAAGGAUCCAUAUGGCUACCAACAGGAUUUUUAUGCGGAGUUUCAGACCCCCGAGAAUCUUCUCCUCUUAACUUAACCACAGACUGCUCCACUUCCCUUCACCUGCUAUUUUGGAGGCCUGUCAGUUUUUCCUUUGCAGAGACAGAGAGGUUUUGGCUUUUCCAGAGAUGGGUGAGCACCCAAGAUGGAUGCUGAGGCCAAGGCGGCUGUAGAAGCCAAAAUGGCCUCUCAGUUGUCCAGUUUUUCCCCAUCAUAUCCUCCCUUCUGGAAGUUUCUACCUGCCACAUUCAAUAUUCAAUUAAUGACAUUUCAUGUAUUACUUUAUCUACUUCCUGUAGAUCCUCCCCCUCUGUCAUUGCUACCUUCAUGUGCAUCAUUCGAACAUCAAUUUUUGUGAUGGACUUAGCAGUCUUUGUCACAUAGUGUCUAAUACAACAUAACACCAACUGGACUAUUACAUUAAACUUCCACUUCCCCCGGCACUGCCCUCAUUACCUUUCUUCUUCUUCAAGUAGAAGGUGAAUCCAGUUGCCACACGAUCCCCAUCCACAUCUUGCUCUUGGCAGAGUCCGAUUGUGCGUCUGAAGAAAGAAAAUCAAAGAAGAAGCUUUGAGUGAGGAAAGGCAGGCCUGGGAUAAGCGCCCAAAGGAUGCAUCCCCAGAGAGACCUUGGCCCAGGGGUGCCCCCUUUUGAAAGAGUCUGCCUCCACUCCAGGAGAUUGGGAAGAUGGAUCAGGGCUGUCAUACCCUACUGCAAGGUGACAGAGCCCUCGAAGCGGGCAUGCUCUACCUGGCAGGUGUAGAUAUCUCCGCGCUUUGGCUGCACCUCCAGCUUCACCUCGAUCUGGAAUGUCCAGUCCUCAUUCCGGGUGACAUCUGUGGUCCACACUCUGCUCUCCUCCUUCCCAUUCCUGAACACUUGAUAUCGAUCUUUGAGGGGGGCAAGGUGUCCACGGUGCAAAUCAGCAAAGUGUUGUGUGAUGGUGAAUCAUCCUCUGUGGGGGUGAUCUUCUCCUUGGGCUGGACGGGUAGGGGAAGAGAGAGAGUAGAUUUGGGAAGGGGCUUCAGAGACUGAGGGAGGGGUGGACCUGGAGACUUCAAGGGAGGUAAGGAGAGAGAUGGUAAGAGUCUCUUUCAUCCAUCAUCCCCAAAAGACACUCAGUGAAUCCUAACCUCCUAACAUAAUAACCAAUCUGCUUGUUCUCUGUAGAGUUUUUUUUGGGGGGGGGGGGAGGGAGGAAUCAUCAUGCCCCAGUUUCCCCUGGUGGCCAGGCUAAGAAUCAAGCAAUAUGUGAUGCUCAGUUGCCUAUAGCUUUUCCUGGAAUGUAUACGAUAUAUAUGAAACACACACGCAUGCAGACAAAAUACAGCCGUGUGAGGGAGGCUGCAGUUUCAAUCACAAGACUGCUGGGGGGGGGGACUUAGGUCUUUCUGUUUGCUGCUGUUUUAAACUUUCUGCUGUGGCCACUUGUUUUAUUGUUGUAUUGUAUCAUCUGUUGUUUAUUUGUACACUGCUGUGAGAGCCAAUGCCAAAGUGUUGUCUUGAAAUAUUUGUCCCUCUAUAUAAUAGACAUAUUAAAUUGUUGUCAUGGUGUAGUGAUACACUCAGCCUCUAGGGGGUGCUCUGGCUUCCUCCUCCUCUUCUCCCCACACCCAUUGAGCUGUUCUUUGUAGGUGUAUUGGCCCCUGGACAGAUGCUUAGCCUCUUCAUCAGCAGAAUAGCUGCCUGUAGGUAGGGGGAGCUUGUAUUCCCCCCCAGUCUUAGUUUUCUCUAGUCUAGCUUUCAGUGUGAGAUGGGUCAAGGGAUGGCCAAUGUGAUCUCAGAGCCACCUGGUGCCUAAUCUGAGGCUGCUGAUGAGCAUUCCCGUCUGAUGCUCUGCCAGGGAUGCUGGGAAGGUGCCUUAUGAACCAGAUAGUGUGGACCUUGGAGCAAUCCCUGCCAGGAAACUAGAGGCUACGCUUAUCAGCUAUUGUUAUGAUGUAGGACCCUGGAAAGAGCCUCCAUCGCUGGAGUGUUAUGCUGGGAAAGCAGUGACUUAAUCCUUCGUAGUAAUUAGUUGUGUCAUGCCAGCUUGCCCCUGGCCUGCAACUAAAAUGGCUGCAGAGCAAGGAAUUGUGGGGUCUUUCUUCUUGAUACUCUUUUGAUAGCCUAAGAUCCUGAAAGGUUAACAACCGGUUUUGCUCACAGGCAUGACUUGGCCGUUUUACAGCGCAGCUGAGGAUGAUGACAAGGCCCAGCUAACACCUUGUGAUCAGCAAAGGGGCCUGGUGCCGUCCAGGCCAUAAACCUUGGGGAGUUGGAGGAGGAGGCGCCUUGUGUCCUGUGAGAAAGGAGUUUUUUCAUCUCAUCAUAACAUCCUUCAGUGGUUAAUUGCCUCUGACUGUUGCCAGGGAUUUUUGCCAUAAGUGUGGGGCAGAAAGCCUAGGUUUUUAUUCCACCUUUGGGAGCCAUCAUGCCUGCUUGAUGCUGCUCAGUUGUGGUUGCAACUUAUCUUCCUGACCAGAAACUCUCUGAGGGGAGAAGGCUAGUUCUGUAAGUAUAGCAUAGGCUAGAUAGACUUUGUUAUUUUUGUUUGUGACUGAACUCUCACAUCGUCUGCUGUACCUUGCCCCUUUGGGUGUGGUCUUUAGGGAAAUAUUUUACUGCUAGACCUUGUGCACCUCUUUUAUCUUGUUACCUUUGUAUUUGUAUUCUUUUACUUUUCUUUUAUUUUUAAAUAAACUUUAAUUUUAUUA